CGGCGCGGGGCGGGGGGCCCGGCGGGCGGGACCGCGGCUCUCGGAGCGCUCGGAGCGAGCGGUGCCCUCCGCCCUCGCCGCCGCAGCUCCCGGGGAAAGACCCCGCGCGGUGCCGCCCGGCCCGGCCCGGCUCGGAUGCCGCCAUGGGGAGCCGCUUCUCCAGCAUCCCCGCGCUGCCCCGCGGCGGCCAGGGCCGCCUGCACCGCGCCCGCCACCACCGCCUCAAAGAUUCCAUUGGUGGGUCGUUUUCAACUUCCUCCCACCGAUGCCACCACAAGCAGAAGCACUGUCUCCCCAUCCCACAGUGUGGAACUCUGUCCAUCAGCCCUCUGCUUUUCCAUCCUCACACGAAGGGAUCCCAGAUCAUCAUGGACACAACACAGAAGGCGGUGAAGCGCCAGGCUAGCUUCUGCAAUGCCAUUACCUUCAGCAACAGGCCUAUUGUUAUUUAUGAACAAGUCAGGCUUAAGAUCACUAAAAAACAGUGUUGCUGGAGUGGGGCUCUUCGACUUGGCUUUACUUCCAAGGAUCCAUCGAGGAUUAACCCUGACACUCUGCCGAAGUAUGCGUGCCCUGACUUGGUUUCCCAAAGUGGGUUUUGGGCCAAGGCUCUGCCAGAAGAGUUUGCAAAUGAGGGAAACAUCAUAGCCUUCUGGGUGGACAAGAAGGGACGGGUUUUCUAUCGAGUGAAUGACUCCACUGCGAUGCUCUUCUUCAGUGGGGUGAGGACAGCAGAGCCCCUCUGGGCUUUGAUCGAUGUCUAUGGACUCACCCGUGCAGUGCAGCUCUUAGACAGUGAAAUCAUCCCUCCUGACUGCCUGCGGCCCCGCUCCUUCACUGCCAUCCGCCGGCCCUCGCUGCGGCGGGACACGGAGGACACGCGUCUCUCGGUCAGCCUGUGUGACCUCAACCUGCAGGAGGAGACCUUCCACGUGACGGCCACCACGUGUCCUAUCCCACAGAACUCACUCAACUCCCAGCACUCCCACCUCCUCCCCUCCCAGCUGGAAAGUGACCUCCGCUUCCACCACCUCCGGGGCCCCCAUGUCAAAAUCCUCGAUGACCAAACUGUGGCCCGUCUGGAGCACGCCCGGGAGGAGAGGACUUUGGUUUUCACCAGCAGGCCCCUUCGGAUCAACGAAACCAUUUUCGUCAAAAUCAACAAGUCCAACGCUGUGCGCACAGGGACGCUCUCCUACGGGGUGACCUCCUGUGACCCCAGCACCUUGCGCCCCAGUGACCUCCCCUAUAACCCCGAGUCUCUGGUUGACCGAAAGGAGUUCUGGGCCAUCUGCCGAGUGGUGGUGCCUCUCCAGAGCGGAGACAUCCUGGGAUUUACGGUGAAUGCAGAUGGUGAGCUGCACUUGAGUCACAACGGUGCCGGCAUUGGCAUGCAGGUCUGCGCAGACUGUUCCCAGCCCCUCUGGAUGUUCUUCGUUUUACACGGCGCAAUCAUGCAAAUUCGAUUGCUGGGUUCCACCAUAUUAGCAGAGCGGCUGGGAUUGUCCACACCAAGCUCGCCCACAUCAACACCCAGUUCCCCCACCGUCCUCUGCAGUGGUGUCUCUGGCCCCUUAUUGUCUACAUGUGGCUCUGGCCCCCUCUGCAGCUCUAUCAGUGGCACAGCUCCCAACUCUCCAAGCAGCUUGCCUGAGUCACCCAUUUCCCCAUCCGUCUCAGGGCCCUGGGGAGAUGAAUGCACCAUCUGCUAUGAGAACAUGGUAGACACAGUCAUUUACUCCUGUGGACACAUGUGUCUCUGCUAUUCAUGUGGGCUGAAGCUCAAGAAGAUGGCCAAUGCUUGCUGCCCCAUUUGCAGACGGGCCAUCAAAGAUAUCAUCAAAACAUACCGCAGCACUUAGAGCAACAGCAGAUGCCGUGGUGGGGACUGGGCAGGCGGGGAGGAGGCCAUGAAACAACACAGAUCUUGGUCUCUAUUCGUCAUCCAGGAGAUUCAAAAACUGUCACUCAUCAUCACCCUGCUCCCCUCUUCCAUGGACAACAGAUGAGACAAGCUUAGAUGCUGCUCUUAUACCCUCCAAGCAAGCCCUGGGGCUGAACUCCAGUGUGUCAGGAAGUUGUGAUGGACUACUCUCCCUUGCGGAUUUUCAAAAAAAGCCAGCUGGUGCAAACAUCCCUUUUCUACACCAUGCACAGCAGAGGGGAGUCUCCACUGUAUAGCAGCAUGUGGUAAAAGGUUCAGCGCUCCACAUCUCCUUCUAGAGGCACCUCACGUGCAGAGACAGCAGUAGAGAAGAAACAAGGAAUAUGUCUUGUGUACAGCCAGCCUGACCAUAGGAGGCCCCUUAGGAAGGAUGGAGCAAGGCAAGCUUUGAACCAGCGAGGGAGGUGCAUUGAGCACACUCACAGCAGAAAGGCUGUGCAGAACAGAACUCAAGAUUUGUGAAGCAAAACCCACCUCACGCCCACAGACAGAAGAGCAGCCCCAUGGCAGCCCCUUGAGGGCUGUCCCCACCUCCUCCCUGACAGAGGCAUUCGUGGUACGUUUGGCAACCCAAUAAUGGCAACAGUCUUGCUCCCUCCCAGCAGCAUCCAGUCACCUCCUAUCACCAUCCCCUUGCAUGAUGAGCGGCUCUCAAACCCCACCACUACCACUUUGUGUGUGGUCUCCACACAGCACAAGGGAUUCAGCAGCAUCUCUGUUCCCACGGGCCUGUGGGAGAGGGAGGCAUAUCUCCCUCACCUUUUCUCCCACUACCGUCCAGACAGCACUUGUGAGGAAAACCCCCAGCCUCACCAUGGAAGAAUGUAUAAACCCACAUGUCUGUGGGUUUCCUUUACUGGUAACUUUAUCACUGUGCUUUAAGACAAAACCAGCCAGGUGGUACUCAGCCCUUCACAGCCACACCGGCAGGACACGGCUGUCCUUAUGUAAAACAACUUGAGGGGUUUGGUUUGCUUUGGUUUAUUAAAACAAAUCCCCUUCCCUCCUCCAGUCAGGAACACCCUGUCCCCAGCAGGGAGAAUGGCAGCCCCGUGGUUUCUGUGUAAACAGCUGCUGCUCUGCCAUGGCUGUGGGCCUGACCCACCUGAGCUGGGUGGCUUGGCAGCAUUAGGAGCUGCCUGUCUCCCCUCCUGACCCAUCCUGCUGCCUUCCAGGGCUGCAGGGGAGGGAGAGACUGUGUCUGGGUCCUGAGGGGAGAUCAGGGCUGGGGCACCACAGCAGGGGAGUUUGUCCCACCAUGUUGCCCAUCUGGCCAGACGAGGGAAGGCCAUGGAGUUGCACCCUUCCUGCUGAGCUUUUCCUUGCACACCAGCAUAUGGCCAUUGAUGGGACAGAGGGGAACAGCAUGGUGGAGGGAUAACAGCAUCUAAUGUACACAGUUGCUUGCUGCAGGGGACAUCGUAUCUCACAUGGCAGGAGGUGGGUGAAAGAACACUGGCAGAGGCUGCUCCUAAAACUGCCUGGAAAACACAUCCUUGCUGUGUGUUCUUGAGGAGAUGAAAAAAGAAACUUUUUUUUCAGAGCCUUUCUCUGAAGGUGCCACCAUCACUGCAGCCUACGAGGGGGUCUGCAGCUGUCCCCAGCCCGCCCAGCGGGCAGCACUAACUUGAAUGCUGAUACUCCGGGUUACAGGGAUUUGUGUUAUUUCUUUGCAUACCUCUGAUGUACAACCCUAACCCAGUCCUGUCCCCUGGACCAGCUGUCAAAAGCUCCAGAGCAUCAUGGCUCUCAUGCAGGAGAGCCAGUUGGCACAAGUCUGGGGGAAGUCAGAGCAGCCAUGCCAGGAGCACGGCUGGUCCACAGGCAGGCAGGCAGCCUCCAGCUUGCCUGGGGACAGAGCUGUGACCGGUGCACACAGGAAGCCUGUUUCAGUAGUUAUACAAACUCCAGUGCAAGGAUUUCAGAAAGGAAGAACCCAAGGGGCAGGAAGGUGUUGAUUAAAUAGUGGAUGUGGGGAAACAUGCAAUAAGCAGCCUCCCGAGCCUUCACCGCACCAGUGGGACCAGUUUCCCUCCGUGUAGGGCAAGCCAAGGGGUAAACUUUAUUUUUCAAGAAAGUCCAUCCAUGAGUACCAGUGCAGUGGUGUGAAUUCCCUUUUCACCUUUUGGAUUGAGAGUGUUUUAAUAUAUUAACUGUGUUUGUUUUACUGUGGACCAAACUCUAGGAGUUAGUAGAAGCUGAAAGCUCCCCCAGCAUCUGAGCUCAAAAAUUGGGGUUAAGUCCUGCUCCCACAUCAGCUGGCCUCCCGCUGUUAAGUAGGAAGGAGAACAAGGCUCUUUCCAGGGAGAAAAAAAAAACAACAAAACCAACAACCAGCAAAACCAGUAAAAGUAACAACAAUCCUAAUCUUUUGUUUUGUUUGACUGGUGUAGGUUCCCAUGUACCUCCGUGUUCUUGUGUCAUUUGCAUUUCAUUGCUUUACUUUAAGAUGUUUUGUGUUCUGUUUAAAGAGAAGAAUAACUCAUUGUGAAAAAUUGGAUAACUGUGAUCGUGAAUAAAGUUGAUUUAGAUAUCCUGCA